GAACCGAAAUGGACGCCAAGACCGAGUGCCAAUACUCGUACAAGCCGUGCUCGAACCCGCGCACGACCAAGCGCAACGGCGCGCCGCACCUCCUCUGCGAGUACCACCGCAAGAAGGCGAAUGCGAUCCAGCGCGUGUACGCGCAGAAGAAGCGGCUCCAGAAGCAAGCCGCCAACCAUCGCCACAGCACCGAGGCUCCGAGCACCGAGUACGCGAUGCAGUCGAGCCACACGCGUCACCACAUUGCGAUGCCGCAGUACGUCGACCCGUCGUCGUCGUCGUACCACAACCGAGGCAACGUCCAGUUUGACCCGCGAGGAGGAGGCGCCUCAAUGGCGCUGCCCCGCAUCAUGUACCCGCCCGUCGCGGACAAUGGCUUUGGGUACCUCACGGCGCUUCUGCGAGACGACCUGCGCGGCGAGAAGGGCCCGCAGCAGCACCACAGCACCCACCACGGACGGCUGCAGUAACAAGUCGUAGCCUCGUCUAACGUACACUAUCUUACAUUUCUAC